AUGUGCGAAAACGGCGAAGGAUCAAGUGGGUCUAAUUUUUAUUCGAACAAAGAAGAGCCUGAAAUUCGAGAGCAUCAGGUCUGUAUGAUCCCAGAAUAUCAGAAGGAAUUCAUUCUCGCUUUUUUUGAUAUAGGAUAUCUACUCACGCAAUCGUGUAGGCUUCCUUUGACUAGAGAAGAUGUUUAUCUGGAGUGUUUUGAGCUGUCUUCGUCAUUGUCUUAUGACUAAACCUCCUUUUUGUUCCUUUGAAUUUUCUUUUUCAUAUUUCCUACAACGUUCAAUGAAAACGAAAACCAUUUCUUUCAACCGAAAAUAUCUUUUAUCACGCUGCAUUCUUUCUGCUGGUAUCAGUCACGUGGGCCCUUGAAGGUUAUCAGAGCGAAAGACGAAAAACUGUUUUUUUUUUCGUGUCAAUUUGCAGAACUGACUCUCAUCUCUCUCGAGUGGCGCCAAUUCGAUUUUCCCUUCAACUAACCUUUUUUUCAUUUUUAUAGCUUAUGUUCAAAAAAAAAAGCGAUUAUAUAUGAAAAGUGGGGAAAAAAAACAUUAGAAUCCAUAUUCGCCUACUUUCCAGGCGAAAAUGGACCAUCUGCCCACGGAGUUGAUCCAUCACGUGCUUUCGGAGCUUGAGUUCAGCGACAGACUCGCCAUUUCCAAAUGUUGUAGCCGAUUAUAUGAAAUAACGCAUCCAACUUGUCGUCGGAUCCGAGGCAUCACCAUAAAAGGGUCACCACAAGCUGAGGUACACAUUUUUGACUGUUCGAGUUCAAAGAAAAAGUUGGUAUUUGAUAAAAAGAAAGACUUGCAGUACUACUUCAUGGAUGUUGUCUGCGAUAAAGGGUUCAAAAAAAGAUAUGAAGUGUCUAUGGGAGGAUCUCUAGUUCAUCUCACGACUACAACUUGCCGGUUAGAAUGUUAAAACUGCAACAACUAAAUCAUCACAGGAAGAUGGACGAGGUGAAGACAAUUAAAAAGAUGUGCGGCGUAGGAAGACCGAAUUCGAUAAUCUGUCGCCUGUUCGAGGACAUUCUCAGAUCCUGCGAUUACAUAGAAGAAAUUCAUCUGGGCUGUGUGAGUCUUGAGGAAACUACCGUGCAAAACAGCUUUUCAGAUGGGCGAUUUCGAAAACAUACUCAAACGAAACGAUUGCCUCGUGAGAGAUAUCAGCCUGCCCUACACAGAAAACAUUUCUCAAGUAGUCAACCAAAUAAGGCCACGAAAGUUGGUCCUGUUCUCGGAAUCGCAGACGACAAACUCCAGCCUGCUUCCAAAAGGAAAAAUACGAUUCGCAGUGAGUUUCCCAACACAUAAACAAAUAUUCGAAGAACUAUUAACAGGAUUUGCGUUCUCUUCAUACGGUGCAUCUGUAUAUGGACACCGAAUUAGAUUUCGAUGAUCUGAUGGAAUCUUCAGUGAAAAACUUUUUCUGCAAAUGCAACAAGCCCCCGUUUAGCGAGAAAGAAACGAGGCUACUCUACGAGGUGACUGUCGUUCUUAUUGAGUUUAAAUUUGUUCCACUAUCUUUUCUAGAAAAGAGUGCUAACCUUCCUAAUUGAGGCAUGGAUGCGAGGCGAGCGCGACUGGCACCGGCUGCAAGUUUUGUCUUCGUCAGCCUUCUCGCGAAAAUGUUUUCCGGAGACUGAAGACGUUGGCUAUCCGCAGGCUUUCCCACGGCCUUCCAAAUGUGUUCGACUCACCGUCGACACGGCCGCCAACGUGAGCGGCAGCCAAGCAUUCGUCGCCCUCGAAGGCGGCGAAAUCUGCUUCGAGGCACGAUAUCGUUGCCGUGAAUGCUCCCCCCAACACUCCUAG